AUGGUAGGCAAAGCUCACAUUGUAAAAUGCAAUGUCCAUGAUCUUCACCCUCCACUUCAUAAAUAUCAUAAGCAAGGAGAUUUUAUCAUUGGUGGUGUUCCUACUCUUUCUGGUUUGGUCCCAGUGUCAAUAGACUUCAGAAAACAACCUCCUGUGGCAUUGUCUGAAGAAAUUCUCCUGAUACCUAAGAAUUACCAGCACAUCCUGGCCUUGGUAUUUGCAGUAAAGGAGAUCAAUGAAAACCCACAGAUUUUAUCCAAUUUCACCUUGGGCUUCCAUAUCUAUGACAGCUAUGACAAUGCCCAGAGAACUUAUCAGACUACCAUGCUCCUUCUAUCAUCAGAAGAGAGGUUGAUUCCCAACUAUACAUGUGACAACCAACACAAUCUGAUAGCAGUUAUUGGGGGUAUUGAUUCCACUGUUUCUUGUCAUAUAGCAACUAUUUUGGAUAUCUAUAAAAUUCCACAGCUCCACCACUUUCUGAGAUAUGUCUCAUUUAACAAUACUGCUCAAGAUAGGAUAACCUUCAACCAGAAAGGAGAGCUGGUGACUGGAUUUGAUAUCUUCAACUGGAUUAUUUUUUCCAACCUCUCUUUACAGAGAGUGAAAGUUGGGAGUGUAGAUCCCCUGGCACCUCCAGAUCAAAUGUUCACCAUUAAUGAUGAUGCCAUUACCUGGCACAGUUGGUUUAACCAGACUCGGCCUUUAUCACUAUGUAGUGAGCACUGCCAUCCUGGCUCUAGCAAAAAAGUAAGGGAAGGGGAGCCAUUUUGCUGUUAUGACUGUGUCCUGUGUCCCAAAGGGAAGAUUUCAGACAAAGAAGAUAUGAAUGAGUGUAAGAAAUGUUCAGACAAAGAGUACGCAAAUAAGAAUCAAGAUUUCUGUUACCCUAAGAUUAUAACUUUUCUGUCUUACAAAGAACCUUUGGGAAUCACUUUUACUUUCCUGGCUUUUUUCUUUUUUUCAUUGACAGCUCUGGUGCUUGGCAUAUUUAUAACACAUCACCACACUCCAAUUGUCAGAGCCAACAACCAGAGUCUCACCUAUACUCUCCUCAUCUCCCUCCUGUUCUGCUUCCUUUGCACAUUGCUAUUCAUUGGCAAACCAGGAAAAGUGGUCUGUCUUCUCCAACAAACAGCACUGGGCAUCAACUUUUCAGUGGCUGUUUCUUGUGUGCUGGCCAAAACCAUCACAGUGGUUCUGGCUUUCAUGGCCACCAAACCAGGAUCCAGGAUGAGGAAGUGGGUGGGGAAAAGACUAGCCAGCUCUAUUGUUCUUUCCUGCUUCCUUAUUCAAGCAAGCAUCUGUGUUGGAUGGUUGUCAAUUUCUCCCCCAUUUCCAGGCAUGGAUAUGUAUUCGAUGACUGAAGAAAUUGUACUGCAAUGCAGUGCAGGUUCUAUGGUUAUGUUUUACUCUGUGUUGGGCUAUCUGGGUUUCCUGGCCAUUAUCAGUUUUGCUGUGGCUUUCCUUGCCAGGAAAUUACCAGAUACUUUUAAUGAAGCCAAGUUUAUCACUUUCAGUAUGUUGGUCUUUUGUAGUGUUUGGCUCUCUUUUGUUCCAACCUACCUGAGUUCCAAGGGAAAAUAUACAGUUGCUGUGGAGAUCUUUUCUAUCUUAGCCUCUGGUGUUGGACUCUUAGGAUCUAUUUUUUUUCCAAAAUGUUAUAUCAUUGUGUUAAGGCCUAAAUUGAACAAAGUGCAAAUAAUGAGGAAAAAAUGUUGAAGAAUUUAAUCCUAUCCCUUAUCAGAAGCUACCCUUCUUUUUAGUCUUGAAUUGUC